AUGGAUUCUGCCGCCAAGACCUCUAAAUGCCAGGCAGAGCAAGCGGAAGGACAAAAGACGAAGGAGCAGAGCCACUCGGACCAGGAUACAGAAGAAGUGGCAACCAUGCCCAUUGUGUUUUCCUUGCUCACUGUAUGGCUGCUACAACUGACUUUGAUCCAAGUUUGUGGCGAGCCAAAAAUCUCUCCAAAAAUAAUUGGGGGCCAACCAGCUUCUCCUGGGUCGUGGCCAUGGCAAGUCCUCGUUGUUUGUGUCGAGAGGUAUUACUGUGGGGGCUCCCUCAUAGCUGAACAGUGGGUGUUGACAGCAGCGCACUGCGUUAAGUGUAAUAAUACUUCUGAUUAUAAAGUCCUGCUGGGUGCCUAUCAGCUCUCAAAGCCCUCAGAUAGUGAGAUACGUUCUGAUGUGGAGCAGAUUGAAAUCCAUCCUGACUACUAUCCUUUCAUCUCUGCGGAUAUUGCUUUGGUUAAACUGAAGGCUCCUGUGGAAUUCACUGACUACAUCCACCCCAUCAGCCUGCUACACUCUUUGGAAGAAGUCCCCAUGGAUGCAGACUGCUGGGUCACUGGAUGGGGAGACAUUAAAUAUAAUGUGAGUUUGCCAGAUCCCCAAACCCUCCAGGAACUGAAGGUACCACUCAUAAACCGGUCAGCCUGCAACGAUCUCUUUAACAGUGAUGAUGACAAUCCCAUGGAUCCUGUCAAGCCUGGAAUGCUGUGCGCUGGUUAUGCAGAAGGAGGGAAGAAUGCCGCCGAGGGGGACUCCGGUGGACCCUUGGUUUGCAAACGUGAAGGAGGUUGGACUCAAGUUGGGGUUGUGAGUUUUGUAAUACGGAGUACUGAGCCCAAAGGCCCUGGUGUCUACACUUCAGUAUCUGCCUAUUUCAAGUGGAUUCAAGCAACGACUGGUGCCCUGCAAACAGCUCCAUGA